AUGGCAGCAAAAGCUCGUUCACAACCUCAUAGCAAGUGUCGGGAGAGCGUUUCUGUGAAAUAUUGGCUCGUCGAUAAUCAAAUUGGUAUCUGCUUGGCUCUGCUGGCCCCUCUGCUGCUGGCCCAAUGCGCUAGUAUCACACAGCCUCUCACGGCAAAGUUCACAACACUCUCGUACUUCAAUGAAGAGACAGGGGAGUAUGGCGUCGGCUUCGACGACAAUUACCUAGUCGCUGUCCUCAUCGUUUCCCUGACUGGACUUCGCGAUGCGACUAUGCGAUUCGCUUUGGCACCAAUUACGACAGUGUGUGGUCUUAGCAAGAAUGAGUCCACGAGAUUCAAGGAGCAAGCUUGGCUUUUUAUCUACUACUCCACUUGCUGGUCUAUAGGCAUGUACAUCUAUGCCACGUCUUCAUAUUGGCUUAAUCUGCAAGCGAUGUGGGUAGACUGGCCAAACCGUGAGCUUUCGGGCCUCAGGAAAUAUUACAUGCUAGCCCAGCUCGCCUUCUGGCUCCAGCAAAUAAUCGUGGUAAAUAUCGAAAAGCGCCGCAAAGACUUCUGGCAGAUGGUAUCUCACCAUGUAGUCACCAUCGCGCUGGUCUAUUGCUCAUAUCGCUAUGGCCUUACCCAAGUCGGCAAUGUUGUCUUGAUCUUGAUGGACUUCAACGACCUGAUCUUCUCGGUUGCCAAAUGUCUCAAGUACCUCAAGCUUCAGGCGUUGUGCGACAUGAUGUUCGGCGUCUUCGUUGUUAGCUGGAUAUUGUGUCGACAUGUUGCGUUCACUAUGGUAUGCUGGUCUAUCUAUGAGCAUAGCUUGGCCACGGCAGGAACCAGAUGUUUCGUCGGCUCGGGCAAGAGCAUAGUUGGCCCCCAACCAGUGCCGCACGACGAGGGCUACUUUUAUAUGUUGGAGCCCUUGAUCUACACCUCUGGAAGGGUAUGCUACAACUCCACCAUCAGGUCACUCUUUCUCAGUGGUUUAUUAUUCCUCGAGGGGCUUAUGAUCUUCUGGCUUGUUAUGAUCAUGAAGUUGGUUGUGCGAGUUCUGCGCGGUGAAAGUGCGGAAGAUACUCGAAGCGAUGACGAAGAUGAGGAAUGCGAGGUCAGGUUGCCGAUUGAAGUCCAAGUGGAUGCCGAAAAACUUCAAUUUUCCAAGCGAAAUUCCACUAGUGAGAAGGGAUCGUCUUCAGUGUUUCAAGCAGCGAGGGGUUACAAUGUGUCCAAAGAAAAAAAGAAUUAUCUGGAUCGCAUCGGUUGCGAGCAAAGAAUCUCUCGAUGA